AUGAACCAGGCAAUCGAUUUCACCAAAGUCAGCAUCGACUCUUUCAAGAAGCACGGCAUUCUGGAAGACGUCAUCCACGACACAAGUUUCCUGCCUACAGGGAUACUGGCCAUCGAGUACACGUCUAAUGCCCCAGUGGCCAUGGGCAAUACGCUGUCUACCGACAAGACGCAGUCGAAGCCCCAAUUUCAGUUCACUUUCAACAAGCAGAUGCAAAAAAACACGCCACAGGCGGACGUGUACGUCCCCCAAGAUGACGACUUGUUCACUAUGGUAAUGACCGACCCAGACGCUCCUUCCAAAACAGACCACAAAUGGUCCGAGUUUUGCCACCUGGUCGAAAGCGACCUGAAGCUGCAGAACAAGUCCACUCACGAAACUUCCGGGGCCACGGAUUUCUUUGCAUCCGAAUUCAACUCCGCAGGCUCGAGGACCCUGAUAGAAUACAUGGGUCCCGCCCCACCCAAGGGCUCGGGCCCACACAGGUAUGUUUUCCUCUUGUUUAAGCAGCCCAAGGGCGUGGACUCGUCCAAGUUCUCCAAGAUCAAGGAUAGACCCAACUGGGGGUACGGCACCUCUGCCACUGGGGUCUACAAAUGGGCUCAGGAAAACAAUUUGAAGCUUGUCGCCUCCAAUUUCUUCUAUGCCGAAACUAAGUAG